CUACCUGCGUUUCUGCUGACGUCGCAACUCCUAAUACAUCUAACAACUUAUGUGGAAGUCGUAAAAGGAAGAAAAAGAAAAGAAUUAUGCCGGUGGACCCUGACGAAACAGCGCUUUCUGAGGAAGACAAUUCACUGGAGGAACUUAACUCCUCAAUAUUUCGUUACGUGAACGAGCAGCUGUGCAAAAUGACUGGCGAUGAGGCGGCUGGAUUCUUUCGCAAUGAUCCACAUGCUUUCAAGAUUUACCAUCGUGGCUAUCAAAAGCAGUCGAAGUUAUGGUCGUAUAAUCCGGUCAGUAGUAUCAUUCAUUGGUUGCGCAGUUUGGCUUGGAGUGGUUUAGUAAUUGCUGAUAUGGGUUGUGGCGAUGCGAAGAUCUCCAAAGCGAUGUCUUCUCUGGCCACUGUUCAUUCAUUUGAUCUGGUUGCUGCGAAUGAGCGCGUUACCGUCUGCAAUAUGGCCAAGGUACCACUGGAAAGUGGGUCGGUGGAUAUUGUUGUUUUUUGCCUCUCGCUGAUGGGAACAGAUUUACAUGAAUACUUUCGAGAGGCAAAUCGAUUGCUCAAAAACGGGUGCGUUUUUAAAUCCUCACUGUGUUUUUACAAAUUUUACACCGGUUAAGA